GAGGGAUGGAGGGCAGACGCACAUGGGACUUCCUGCUGGCCUCCGAGAAAACCGGAGCCAGAAGAGUGGCGGGUGGAUUCCGGGUGGGAUUGAUUACCAGCCUGCUCGGGACGACCUAAAGCCAACAGAUUCGAAGUGAGACCCGGGGGAGGAUUUCUAGCCGCCUAAAGGGCUGCCUAAAGCCUGAAUGUCCGGACGGCUUCAGGCUCUGUUCCAGGAGGCACUUCCCGACGUGGAGAAGGGAGGGUGGGCUCAGGAAGGGACUUCCAGUCGGCGACGAAGGGACGCAGGCCAGCCCGAGGGCGGAGGUACAGCCGGAUGCACCGAGGGGGUCGCCCCAGAGGGGUGGUCACCCAAGUCACCUCGGGCCCGGGAGUUGCCCAGACGGGGCGUGGCCUGCAUGGGGCGUGGCCUGCGGCCGCGUCCCUCCCCCAUCCUCAGCCCCAGCGGCCGCCAGACCCGCGGGAGUCCGACCCGAGUGCGCAGCGGAGCUGGGACCCUCCCUCCGACCUUCGGACCUGGCCAUGGCGUCACUGCCGACACUGCUCUGCCUCUGUGUUGCCGCCGCACACCUGGCGGGGGCCCGAGGUACUCCGGACGCCGAGGAGCCCACGGUGACCGCGUGGGGCCUUGAAGGUUCAUCGUUGCGCCCUGGCCAGCCCUCGCCAGCCCUGGAGGACUGGGAAGAGGCCAGCGAGUGGACGUCCUGGUUCAACGUCGACCACCCGGGCGGCGACGGUGACUUCGAGAGCCUGGCCGCGAUCCGCUUCUAUUACGGGCCGGCACGCGUGUGCCCAAGGCCGCUGGCGCUGGAGGCGCGCACCACAGACUGGGCGCUGCCUUCGGAUGUCGGCGAGCGCGUACACCUGAACCCCACGCGCGGUUUCUGGUGCCUCAACCGCGAGCAGCCCCGAGGCCGCAGAUGCUCCAAUUACCACGUGCGCUUCCGCUGCCCGCUCGAGGCCACGUGGGGUUCGUGGGGCCCUUGGGGUCCCUGUUCGGGGAGCUGCGGGCCAGGCCGUCGCUUGCGCCGCCGCCGCUGCUCAAGCCCCGCGGGGGAUGCGUGUCCCGGGCGUCCCUCGGAGGCGCAGAAGUGUGUGAGGCCUCGGUGUCCAGGGUGUGGCCCCAACACCUGUGGGUGCCCCGACCACAUUCUUCUGGGCUCGGUGGUCACCCCAUCUGGGCGUCCACUGCCAGGAGCCAGGGUCUCCUUGAGAGACUGGCCUGGCACCAUAGCCACUAGUGAUGCCCAUGGAACCUUCCGGAUGCCUGGAGUCUGUGCCAGCAGCCGAGCCAACGUCAGUGCCCAAAUGGACGGCUUUUCAGCAGGCAUGGCCCAGACCCAGGCCAACAGCUCCAUGUCAGCAGUGGCCACUGUUGUCCUUAAAAAGUUGGAGAAGCCCUACCUGGUGAAGCAACCCGAGUCUCGAGUUCGAGAGGCUGGCCAGAAUGUGACCUUCUGCUGCAAAGCCUCAGGCACCCCCAUGCCCAAGAAAUACUCCUGGUUCCACAACGGGACGCUGCUGGACAGGCGGACACACAGGUAUGGGGCCCACCUGGAGCUGCAUGGGCUCCGCCCAGACCAAGCAGGCACCUAUCACUGCAAAGCGUGGAAUGACGCGGGGGCCGUGCGAUCGGGCACUGCCCGACUCACCGUACUUGCCCCGGGCCAGCCAGCCUGUGACCCCCGGCCCCGAGAACACCUGAUCAAGCUUCCAGAUGACUGUGGUCAGCCAGGCAGAGGGCCCACCUACCUGGACGUAGGCCUUUGCCCUGACACCCUCUGCCCCAGCCCUGCAGGCUCCAGGCCCCGGUGUGGGGACGCAGGCUCCCGCUGCUGCUCCGUGCGCCGCCUGGAGAGCAGGAAGAUCCACUGCUCUGGCUACACCCUCCCAGUCAAGAUCGUGGCUGAGUGUGGCUGUCAGAAAUGUCUGCCCCUUCGGGGGCUGAUCCGGGGACGCGUGAUGGCCGCUGACUCUAGGGAGCCCUUGCGCUUUGCUCGCAUCCUGCUGGGCCGGGAGCCCAUUGGCUUCACGUCCUACCAGGGUGACUUCACCCUCGAGGUGGCGCCUUCCACUCAGCGGCUGGUGAUGACCUUUGUGGACCCCAGUGGCCAGUUCGUGGACACUGUCAGGGUCCUGCCUUUUGACCCUCGAGGUGCUGGCGUGUACCAUGAGGUCAAGGCCAUGCGAAAGAAAGCCCCCAUCAUUUUAGACGCCCGCCAGAGCAACACCAUAUCCCUCGGGGAAAUGGGAGAGGAGGCCCCCUUAGGAGAGCUGAUCAUCCCGCCCGGGGCCUUCCGCAGAGCUGACGGUCAACCCUACAUGGGGGCUGUGGAGGCCCAGGUGACCUUCGUGGACCCCCGAAAUCUCACUUCGGCAGCCGCCGCGCCCAGCGACCUGCGGUUCGUGGACGGGGACGGGGAGCUGGCCCCGCUGCGCACGUACGGCAUGUUCUCGGUGGACCUUCGGGCCGCCGGCUCCGCCGAGCAGCUGCAGACGGGGCUGGUGGCUGUGCGCGUGGCCGCUGACCAGAUCCGGAUGCCGGGCCACGUGGAGGCCCUGAAGCUGUGGUCGCUGAACCCUGACACGGGCCUGUGGGAAGAAGAAAGCGGCUUCCAGCGCGAGAGACCGGCAUCCCAGCGGGCCCGCCGGGAGGAGCGGGUCUUCCUGGUGGGCAACGUGGAGAUCCGCGAGCGCCGUCUGUUCAACCUGGACGUGCCCGAGCGCCGCCGCUGCUUCGUGAAGGUGCGCGCCUAUGCCAACGACAAGUUCACCCCCAGCGAGCAGGUGGAGGGCGUGGUGGUCACGCUGGUCAAUCUGGAGCCCGCCCCCGGCUUCUCUGCCAACCCUCGCGCCUGGGGCCGCUUCGACAGCGCGGUCACCGGCCCGAACGGCGCCUGCCUCCCCGCCUUCUGCGACGCCGACCAGCCCGACGCCUACACCGCCGUGGUCACGGCCACCCUGGGCGGGGAGGAGCUGGAGCCCGCGCCCUCGCGGCCGCGCCCGCUCCCGGCCACCGUUGGCGUGGCGCAGCCCUACCUGGACCGGCUGGCCUACCGCCGCACGGACCAUGACGACCCUGCCCUCAAGCGCAGUGGCUUCCGCAUCAACCUCGCCAAGCCCAGGCCCGGCGAACCCACCGAGGCCAACGGCCCCGUGUACCCGUGGCGCAGCCUGCGGGAGUGCCAGGAGGCCCCGGUGACCGCCAGUCACUUCCGCUUCGCUCGUGUGGAGGCGGACAAAUACGAGUACAACGUGGUCCCCUUCCGCGAGGGCGCGCCAGCCUCCUGGACCGGAGAUCUCCUGGCCUGGUGGCCCAACCCGCAGGAGUUCCGGGCCUGCUUCCUCAAGGUGAAGAUCCAAGGACCCCAGGAGUACAUGGUCCGCUCCCACAAUUUGGGAGGCAGCCAUCCCCGGACCCAGGGCCAGCUCUACGGGCUGCGGGAUUCCCGGAGUGUCCGGGACCCCCAGAGCCCUAGCUCCUCUGCCGCCUGUGUGGAAUUCAAGUGCAGCGGGAUGCUGUUUGACCAGCGUCAGGUGGACAGGACGCUGGUGACCAUCAUGCCGCAAGGCAGCUGCCGGCGUGUGGCGGUCAACGGGCUCCUGCAGGAUUACCUGACACGGCAUCCCCCACCCGCGCCCGCUGAUGACCUGGCUUCCUUCUCCAUGCUGGCCCCGCUGGACCCUCUGGGUCACAACUAUGGUGUCUACACGGUCACCGACCAGAGCCCAAGGCUGGCCAAGGAGAUCGCCAUUGGCCGCUGCUUCGACGGCUCCUCCGAUGGCUUCUCCAGGGAGAUGAAGGCUGACGCGGGCACAGCCGUCACCUUCCAGUGCCGGGAGCCAACUGCGGGCCGGCCCAGCCUCUUCCAGAGGCUGCUGGAGUCCCCAUCGGCGGCUCUUGGGGACAUCCGCAGGGAGAUGGGCGAGGUGGCGCGCGUACAGGCCCGAGCCUCGAGUCCACUCCGCACCCGCCGAGGCAGGGCCCAGCAGUGACCUGGCCCCCAGCCUCGUCCCUCUGCCCUGCUCCCGAUCCCCCUGUCUUUGGGAAGCCAAGCCCCCUUCUCCAGAGGCUCGCUGUCUCUGAAGGUUUCUGGGCCCCCCUCCCCUGCCCAGGAUUCAGAGUCAGGUCCGAUGGUGGAGAAUCCCAGCAGGUAAUUGUUACUGUGUGACGUGAAAUGGAGUUAGUUUGUCCUGAUUGUGGGAGCCAGUGUUGUGGGGUGACCGUGGGGGCAUGGUGACCUACUGGGGCCCAAAGGGGAUCAUUCCCAGCUUGCAUACCAGCUCUGAUUUCAUGUGUAUUCAGAUAAUCCGCAUCUUCAGAUUUCUGUGCUGAGCUGGAUGCUCUGUUGGGUCCCCUACCCUGAGCUUUGUUCUUGGGGUUAUUUAUUGGAACAAAGCCUGCAAGACUGUCCACAGGUGUGAGUGGGGAGGGGUCUGGAGGUGGCGCAUUGAGGGUCUGGGGAAGAGGCUUCUUGGCUCUGGGGCUGGGGGGCCCAGUUCUCACAUGUUUGGUGCUUGGAGAUUCUCUAGGGGGUUGAGGCAGGGAUUCAAUUAAAGAUGCUUCAUUU